CGAGAAUCUCUCCCGGUGAUUCCCGGAUUGGCCGAUUCCGUUAAGGCUGCGGCAUGUAUUUCAAUCGAUCGGAUAUCGGCCUGUCGAUCUGCAUACAUUUCGUUCUGCUAUACUUGAUUUUUCUAUCGACCAACAUCGAACGAAUCGAAGGUAGAAAGUGCGUGUGCACGAGCAAGGACUGCAAGGCAGCCGGGGUGGACACGUGCAAAACAAAGUUUUCAUGCUACACAGAGUGGAUUUUGACUGGGAAUCAAGAAUUGGAAGAAAACGCUACAACCAGAGGAUGCACGUAUAGGUUUGCCACGCCAUUGUUGUGCGAGACAAAGUCCUGGGUCACGAGGUCGAAGUCGAGCGACAACGUGGACCGAUCGUCGGCCGCCUGGAUCCGCAUGCAAAGAUUGAAGUGUUGCAACAACCACGACUACUGCAACGCUGAUCGCAACGUAAACGCGUCCACGAGGAUCCGCGACAAAGACAGGCCCGAUCCCCUCAAUUCUACUUUACGCUAUAAUGGUUCGUUUAAUGGGAUGUCGUCGAGCCGAGGCAUAAUGGGAUCGAUCGUGGCUGAUCCGAUUGCCGAAGGACGGGAAUCGUCGGAUCCGUUUCACGAGAAUCGCGUGAAACCGCUCCUCGUCGCAGCUCUGGUCUUGGCGAUCGCCGCCCUCACAUCGGUCCUAGCCGCAUGCUACGUUAUUACAAGAUUGUUGAAAACGAACCUGUACACCGUCAGAAACGAAGAAUUCAUUCACGUUUCUUAGAGAUGUUUCG